UAUCAUUUGAAAGGUAACACAGUUUGUAUAUGAAAAUUCAACCUAAGAAAAAAAAAUCUGUCAGUCGUUACCACUGUUACCAUUUGCGUGCGAAGUGUCACUCUCUUUUUCGUAUACAUCCCGUUCAAGAUGAUUGGACAAAAAAUUAUCAAGCCCGGCGGUGCCGCUCCUACGGAUUUCGAGAAAUCGAUUGGACAAGCUUUGCUUGAAUUGGAAUCAAACUCUGAAUUGAAGCCGCAGCUCCGUGAUCUUUAUGUUACCCGGGCUCGUGAAUUCGAAAUAAAUAACAAGACGGCCGUCGUUAUUUAUGUUCCAAUGCCAAAACAGAAGGCAUUUCAAAAGAUUCAGAUCCGUUUGGUCCGUGAACUCGAGAAGAAAUUCUCCGGCAAGCAUGUGGUCUUCGUUGGCGAACGCAAGAUUCUACCGAAACCAACCAGAAACACACGCAAUCCAUUGAAACAGAAGCGGCCACGUUCACGAACACUAACAUCCGUGUACGACGCUAUCUUGGAGGAUUUGGUUUAUCCAGCUGAAAUCGUCGGCAAACGUGUGCGUGUCAAGUUGGACGGAUCCCAAUUGAUUAAAGUUCACUUAGACAAAAAUCAACAAACCACAAUCGAACAUAAGGUUGACACAUUCACAUCCGUUUAUAAGAAGUUGACUGGUCGUGAAGUGACAUUUGAAUUCCCAGAAGCAAUCGUCUAAAAUGGAACCGAACGGUUUACUAAUGGAAUGAUUCAAAUUCAUUAAAAAAACACGAAAAUUGAAA